AUGGAGUUGCACACCCUUCGAGACUUGACAAGAGCCAUCUUGGCGUAUGGAGGAAAGCAGAAAGAGCACAAAGGAUCACCUUGGCACCCCUACCUCCAUUUCCUGAACCAGCCCGAUAACCAGAUCGACCGACAGAUUCGCCCAGGCUAUUCAGCCAAGAGGUACCUCUCCAGACUCUCCCAAACUUGGGAUCCUAGCAUAACAGCCAGGCUCCAGUGUGCAGGACAGAGCUAUUUGUUUCUAAAGGAGCCUGAGAACAGAGAAAAGCUUGCAGAAAGCUAUGGAAGCCAAGAAACACCAGGCAGGAAGAGAGCCCGACUACUCGUUCGUGCUUCAGUAAGAGAGCAGAGACCUGGGGCUGCGCAGGACACUACCUGGAGCCACAGCACCUGCUGCCCAGGCGUCCCACAGAGCAUACAGCCGAAAGGUCUCCAGGUUGCAACGUCUGCUACAGCAAACCACAGUCAAAGGAAUAAGCAGAACCAUACAGAAAAUCCAGGGGACAAUGAAAAGCUAAAAAAAGCUACAGAGGGCUUCGUGAGGAAUACCACCAUCAACAUCUCUCAUCUUCUGAGUGAGAAAUCCCAUUCCACUUUCUAUGGAGGCUAUUUCCCUGAAAGAAAAAAGUACUACAAUGCUAAACAAGGACAUAUGAAGAGCCAGGAUGUUGAAGUAAAAAGACUUAAUGAAAACAGCUUUUUUCCUCCUAUUCCAUCUGCCAUGGGCUCAGAGCAAGAUGCAGCAAGGGAGGAGCAAAUAAAGAUACCAGAAACACUGAAGUUACCUACAAUCUCAGAAGAGUCACCUAGGGCUUACACGCUCCCUAAGAAACAUCUGAAAUCUAGCAAAACCCCAAAGGAACUUCUGGUCAUCCCUUUGCUUGUUCAGAUGCAGACUGGGCUGAAGACCCGGACUCAAAAAGGAACUCUUUGUUACACAUCCAAGCCAGAGACCAACGGCCACGAGAACUUGUUGGCUCCUUCCCUGGAUGAUCUCAUUUCAGGGCGAGAAGGUACAGCUAAGCAGCACCAGAUGGUCACUGGAGGACAUCCAGACAUACAUCAAGGUAGCUUCAUCCGAGCUCCAACAGGCAAUCAAGAGUUCACUCUGGAGAGGAGGAAGGCAGAAGUUAGAGGGAUAAAUGCUGGGAAGGAGGGCCACUACAAGAAAGACGGUGAGCUAUGCACACAAAACGUGGUCCCAGCAUUAGGUGUCCUGCCUCCUAUAGAUGGAAAGAAGAAUCCAGGACACGAGGACAACAGGGCUGGUGCCAAAGCUCCCAGCAGCAGCCAUGUCCUCCCAGACAGCACUUCCAAAGCUCUCCCUGCAGGGCUUGCACAUGGUGCCCUCCCUGAAGAGGGAAAAGAGUGUUUUAACAGCGCUUCACUAGGCAGCAUCAUCAUGGUCCCUGAUGGAGGAAUCCUUUGUCAGCCCUUAUUGGGCUCUGUUCAAAACACAGAUGCUCCCAUUCAGCUCAGCUUCAAUCCAGGCCAAGGAGACUCCGAAAUACCUUUUGAAACCAGAGCCUGUCUUCACAGAUAUUCACAUGAAGCCUCUUUGACUCAAGAAAUGAGUAAUAAGGAAAGCAGAAUGAGACAAGAAAGUAGAUCGUGCUCAGAAAAUAAGCUAGUUAAAAGAAACAGUAGCCCUGUUUCUGAAUUCAGUGAGCAACAAAGUCAGGAUGAUCCUUCUGGAAGCUUCAGAUUAAUGCAGGACAUACAGACCAAGAUGGACUCUGGUUCUCUACUGCAUUCUUAUGCCACACCAUGGAUACCGGAAGCAGAACAGCGAGGUGGUGCUGAUUCUGUCAAAGAUCCAGAGAAGCAAACAGAUAGAAACCCUGAAUGCAGUAUUUCACAACUGGAAGCCUGCUUUGACCUUUCAGCAUGCCCUAUUAAAGACAUACAGGAUAUAGAGUCUGAAUCUGGCUCAAGUCUUUUGAGAUCUUCCAGCCAUCAGGAAAUGGAGAAAGAGAAGUCUGGAGUGAAAACAAGUAAUUCUGAAAAACAAUUCAUGAGAGAGAAAGAAGAGACUUUCCAGCCAACAGAGAGUGGGAAAGCAGCAGCUGGCAAGAGCUUUGGUAUUGACACAGGAGUUGCAGAGAUCAAAGCCACAAAGAGCAUCAGUCACAAGUUGACAAAGAUGGACCAAACAUCCAAAAAACAGAAGAUCAGUAAUAAGAACAAGCAAUAUCGCAAAACAGAAUUUGUCAUCGGUAAGGGUAAUAAACAAAAAGCAGAUCUUAUUUUCAACAUCUUGCUUUCUUCAUGUGCAGCUUUCUAAUUGUUUCAAUGGGAGAUACAGCAAGAGUA